AUGGAGAGAAAGAGUUUGAACACCAGCGUUAAAGAUGGCACUUUCACCACCAACAGCAACAAGAAACAAAUGAUGAAAGAAUACUGGGACUGCAAAUCUCAGAUCAGCUGUGGAGGGGAUGAUUAUAUAAAUGGAUUCUCGUGGCCUCCACGAUCAUACACUUGUAGCUUCUGCAAGAGGGAAUUCAGAUCUGCUCAAGCCCUUGGUGGCCACAUGAAUGUACAUAGGAGGGACAGAGCCAGGCUCAGGCAGUCACCCCCUACUCCAUCUCAUGACAGUCCCUCCCCCAUGCUCAACCUAAAUCUUAACCCUACCUCUGGUCCUGGCUUUUCAACCCCAACUAUGUCCUCGUUACCAUCUUCUUCUUCUUCUACAAUGCUCAAAAAUUCAUUCUCUGCUACCACCUUACCUUCCUUGUUUUCUCCUAUACUUUCUCCGUCUUCUCCUCCCCUUGCAUCUACAUCUCCUUCUUAUGAUCUCAAAAAUCGGGUUGUGGACGGUAUAAUGUUGAACCCCUCAAGCACGAAGGCCUCAGAAUCUACAAACGUGAAGAAUGCAGAUUCUUUAUUGGGGUUUGGAGACUGUGACGACCCAUUCGCCAAAGAAGAUGGUUGCAAAGUGGUAAAAAAGGCUGAGAUCAUUAGGUUGGACUUGCAUAUAGGCUUGCUUAGCGAUUCCAAGGAUGAUUUAGAUCUGGAGCUUCGAUUGGGCACUUACUCCUAG